AUGACGCCCAAGACGAAGGGCAAGGGACGGAAAGAGCCGGGGGGAGGGGGGGCAAGAUCGCGAAUGACGGCGGGGAGACCCACGGCACGAUGGGCGGCAGUGCCCAAAGGCACGAAGGACGGCAGGUUGACCAAGGGCACGAAGAACGGCGGAGGGACCAUGGGCACGACGUACGGCGGAGGCGCCAAGUGCGUGGAGGGUGGUGGGGAGAACAAGAGCGCGACGGCGACACCAAGUGCGUGGAGGGCGAGAGCGAGGAGAGGGAGCAAGGACGCUCAACGAGUAGUCUGCGCCUGGUGGUCGCUCACACGGUGUCCACCCGCCCCUGCUGGACGAAUCGCGCGUGAAAGGAGACAAGAUGAAGAGGAAGGGUCCAAGAUGGAGAAGGAGCGGAGGUCAGAGCAGGAGGCGGCAGACACACCAGCACUACGCGGCACUGCCGAGCCAGCCCAGGGACCCGCAGUAGCCUCCCUCACCCCAGUACCGCCUCGCCAACCAGCAGCACCAGCAGCAGUAGCAGCAGCAGCGCGGCGUCUGCGCUCGUUGACGCAGACGGCUGCGAGCAUUGAUCUCUGGGCGGCGAGGGGGACUCUCGCUGCUGUCGAACAGGGGGGGGUGGAGGACGUGGCCAAACCGCACUUACUGGUGGAGCGGCGCUUUCUACCUGGUGCUGCGGUGUUUGUCGUGGGUUUUAUCAUCGGAUCCGCCCAUGGGUGGAAUAUCACGCUGGUGAUGGCGUGUGUGAUGCCUGUCAUGGCGCUCUCGCUCAACUGGAUGAUCAAGACGUUCACGAUCAUGUCGGACUUUGCCCAGAAGGUGUAUGCUGAAGCAGGAUCAGUGGCCAAGGAGACACUGGGCUCUAUCCGUACUGUGGCUUCGUUGAAUGGAGAGCAGAAGGCAAUUGAGAAGUUUGAGAGCAAGAUUUUCAAGGCAGAGACGGAAAACAUCAAGCUGAACAUGGUGGUGACAGUGGUGUAUGCGCUGUUCUUGGCUAGUAUGUGGAUCAUGUACUCCGUCGGACUCUGUGUUUCCGCUGUGGCUAAGGCCGCUGGUGCUGUUGAGCAACUGUUCGCGAUCCUGGACACUGCGAGUGCUAUCGAUGCGGAGAAGGAGGACGAGGGAAUCAUUCCUGACACGUGUGAAGGCAAGAUCGAUGCGGUGAACGUCAACUUCACGUACCCGAGUCGUCCUGACGCCCAGAUCCUGCGCGACUACAAUGUCACCAUUGAGCCUGGUCAGACCGUGGCUUUCGCUGGUGCCAGUGGCGGCGGCAAGAGUACGCUGAUUGCUCUGAUUGAACGCUUCUACGACCCCACCAGCGGCACCAUCUACCUCGACGGACGGGAUGUUAAGACACUGAACGUCAAGUGGCUGCGCUCGCAGAUCGGCAUGGUGUCGCAGGAACCUGUGCUGUUCGCCACGACCAUCUUCGAGAACAUCGCCAUGGGUGGCGACAACGUGACCCGUGAAGAGGCCAUCGAGGCCUGCAAGCUGUCGAACGUGCACAACUUCAUCAUGUCCUUGCCGGAGCAGUACGACACGCUGGUGGGCGAGAAGGGCGUCUCUCUAUCUGGCGGCCAGAAGCAGCGAGUCGCCAUUGCCCGUGCCAUUGUCCGCAAGCCCAACAUUUUGGUGCUGGACGAGGCCACGAGCGCGCUGGAUAACGAGAGCGAGAAGAUUGUGCAGGCAGCGCUGAACAACCUGAUGGCCACGACCAACAUGACCACUCUCGUAAUCGCCCACCGGUUGAGCACCAUCCGCAACGCGGACAAGAUCGUGGUGUUGAAUGAGGGCCACAUUAUCGAGCACGGCGUCUACCAGAACAUGUACCGGAUCCAGGAGCUGCGAUCUCAGGAGGAGCAGCAAGAAGCGGAGAAGCGUGAGGCCGAGAACGGACUAGAGAUGAGCGCGGUGGAGAAUAACUUCUUGGACAAGAAGCCGUUCAACCUGUUUGAUUUACUGAAACUCAACGGACUCGCGCGGAACCACUUUGUCUUUGGGCUGGUCGGUUCCUGCGUCGGAGGCAUUGCGGUGCCAGCUUCAGCCCUAUUAAUCACGGGCAUGAUCACUGCUAUGACGGAACAAUACGCGCUCUUCGAGAGGACCUGGGGACCGAUCUCACCUGACAACGUUGUACAACGACGUAGAGCUAAUGUUGGCUUUUUCGACGAGAAGGAGAACGCGACUGGCGCGUUGACUGCUGAUUUGGCUACGAACGCCACCAAGGUUUCGCUGAUUUGGCUGCUAUCGCUCAUCAUGCUGGUGCUUUUCCCCAUGUGGAUUUUCGGGGAGGUGGCGCGUAUGAAGGAGAUGGAAGAUGCUGGUUUGAUUUCAGAUGACUUGGCAAUCCCAGGAGCCCACGCGUCAGAAGUCCUUGGGAACAUCCGCACGGUUGCCGCUUUGGGUAUCGAGAAGAAGUCUGCCACCACGUUUAAUGAGCUGCUUCAAGAACCGCUGCGCAAGGGCCGGAAGGAAGAGCAGGUUAGUGGUCUGUCGCUGGGAUUCAGCUCCUUCAUCAUGAUGGCCACGUAUGCGCUCGUGUUUUGGUUUGGAGCCAAGAAGGUGAACGACGGCACCGUUGGUUUUGCGGAGAUGAUGCGGACAUUGAUGGCCAUCACGAUGUCGAUCCAGACGGCCGGAUCGACGAUUUACGCACUUCGUGAUCGCGUCGCCCCAAUUGAUUCAUUCACCUCCGACGGAUUCCGUCUAGCCAAGGUUGAGGGCCGCCUCGAGUUCAAGAACAUCUCGUUCCGAUACCCCGCGCGCCCGGAGAUCAACGUGCUCAAGAACUACAACCUCACUAUUGAACCCGGCCAGACGGUGGCGUUCUGCGGCCCUAGUGGUGGAGGCAAGAGCACUAUCAUCUCGGGGAUCAAGCGGUUCUACGACCCCGUGGUUGGCGAAGAGCUGCUCGACGGCCGCAACAUCAAGGACCUGAACCUGAACUGGCUGCGCAGUCAGAUGGGUCUGGUGGGCCAGGAGCCCACACUGUUUAUCGGUACUAUCGCCGAGAACAUCGCGUACGGUCUGGCCGAGCAGCCGAGUCAGCAGGAGAUCGACGAGGCCGCUAAGAUGGCCAACGCGCACGACUUCAUCACGCAUUUCCCGGACGGCUACGAGACGCAGGUGGGCAUGAAGGGCGAGCAGUUGUCUGGCGGCCAGAAGCAGCGCAUCGCCAUCGCGCGCCACAAGCGCUUUGGACUCGGAGAGGUGCAGGAGGCUCUGGACAAGGUGGUGGCGCUGAAGCGGCGGACGACGAUCGUCAUUGCUCACCGGUUGUCUACGAUUCGUCGCGCCGACAAGAUCUGCGUGGUGAGUGGAGGCAAGAUCGCGGAGCAGGGCACGCACCAGGAGCUGCUGCAGCUAAACGGCAUUUAUGCCAACUUGGUCGAGUCAGCUACUGCUUAG